AUGAUAGUGGCAAAUAUAACCUCAAUAAGCGGAUUCCUCCUCAUGGGGUUUUCUGACAUUCGGGAGCUACAGAUUUUGCAUGCUUUGCUCUUCUUGGCAGUGUACCUAUUAACCUUAGCAAGUAACCUCAUCAUUAUCAUCAUCACCACAGUAGACCAGCAUCUCCAAGCCCCAAUGUAUUACUUCUUAAAACAUCUUUCCCUCCUGGACAUCUGCUCCAUUUCUGUCACGGUUCCCCAGUCCAUUGACAAUUCUCUAAAGGAUGAUGGCUAUAUGUCUCAAGGUCAAUGCAUACUCCAGGUUUUCUUCUUCACAGCUCUGGCUUGGGCUGAAAUGGCCAUCCUCACAGUGAUGUCAUAUGACCGCUAUGCCGCCAUCUGCUUCCCACUGCACUAUGAGGUCAUCAUGAAUCCUAGUAAGUGUCAGGGGGCUCUGAUAGCUGUAUGGCUAAGUGGAUGCAUCUCUGGAAUCGUGUUCACAAUAGCCACAUUCUCCAUCACAUUCUGUAAGGAAAAAAUAAUUCACCAAUUCUUCUGUGAUAUCCCCCAGUUGCUAAAACUCUCCUGCUCUAAUGAUUACCUUGGAGUGAUUGGAGUGACAACUUUUAUGUCUGUGAUGGCAUUCAUGUGCUUAACCUCCAUUAUCCUCUCCUAUAUCCACAUCUUCUCCACAGUACUCAGAAUACCCUCUGCUGAGGGCAGAUCCAAGGCCUUCUCUACCAGCCUGCCCCACCUCUUUGUUGUCUCAUUUUAUCUCUCCAUAGGUACCUUUGCAUUUCUAAAACCAACUUCAGAUUCUCCAACCACUUUUGAUCUUAUGAUUUCUAUCUUUUAUACAGUCAUGCCUCCAAUACUCAACCCUAUUAUCUAUGGUCUGAGGAAUGAAGCCAUGAAGGCAGCUUGCAGAAAGUUACUAUUGGGUGGACAAUUCACCAAGAAAAAAAUCAUACUUAUCCUGUUGUUCAUGGCUGAAUAA